UGCUGCUGCCAGGUCCAGAGUGUCUCAUGGGUCCUGUACGGCCUCCAUUGCUGCUGUCUAUCCAUCACCACACUCUGCCAUGUGCCACUUUCAGGUCUCCUCACACUGCUGGUGGGUUCAAUUUUGUCAUAGGGUUGCUGGCAGAUUACGGCCUCCCAUUGCUGCUGCCAGCUCCCGUAAUCUGCCAUGGGCCCCCGUACCGACACCCUCAAUGCUGCUGCCAGGUCCAGAGUGUCUCAUGGGUCCCUGUACAGCCUCCCAUUGCUGCUGUCUCCAAUCGCCACACUCUGCCAUGUGCCACUUUCAGGUCUCCUCACACUGCUGGUGGGUUCCAUUUU